CUGCUCAAUGUCAAGAUGGCCCUGGACAUAGAGAUAGCCGCUUACAGGAAACUGCUGGAGGGGGAGGAGACUCACUUUAACUCAGGGAUCUCCUUUCGUGCUGCCAGCUACAGCUACCAGCCUCGAGCCGCAGCCGGCCCCUCCAGGAGCCCGAGGGAGAAGGAGGGAGGGACCACCAAGGAGAGCUUCAAGGAGAGCAGUGAGGAGAAAGAUGAGGCGGACAUCAACUCCAACAACUGAAGCGAGACUACCAGGGG